GCACGAGAUCGGUCUCCGUCGACUCCGAUCUCUCCUUAUCGUAAAUUGUGUUCAGCGGCUUCGCAACCAACCCCAGCAUCGCCGAAGCAUGCUCCGCCAGUUCUCCGUCCUUCCGCCGCCGCCGCUGCCCUCUCGCUCUCCUCCGCUCCGCCCCGCUCCUCGGCUCCUGCUCCCCUCCGAUGGCUGCUCGUUGAACCUCCUCCACUCUCGCCGCCGCCGCCGCCGCCGCCGCCCGCUUGUGAUUGUCCUCGGUUCCGGUGGCGGCGACCGGUGGAAGCUCACCGAUCUCGAUCCAAAUGCGGUGCAGGAUAGGCUCCGAUCGUGGCUUGUCAAAGCGCGGACGCUGCUCACCGAGGUAGCGACGCCCAUCGUGAAGCCCGGGCAGGGGCGGAAGCCUGCCACCGCGCGGGAGCUGGAGAACAUGGCCGUCGAGGAGGAGGUCUUCGUGGCCUCUGAGAUGACAGUGGAUCGGAGGACGACGAACGGCUUUCUUUCGUUCGCCGCCGCCGUCUCCAUCGAACAAUUCGCUAGGAUGAACGGUCUGACGGGGCGGAAGAUGCAGAAGAUAUUUGAAGCGCUCGCCCCGGAGACCAUUCGGACUGAUGCUAGGAGCCUGGUGGAGUAUUGCUGCUUUAGGUACCUCUCGAGAGACAGCUCUGAUAUCCACCCUAGCUUAAAGGAGCAUGCAUUUCAGAGGCUUAUUUUUGUGACUAUGCUCGCUUGGGAGCAGCCAUAUGCCAGGGAUGGCGGAUCACAAUUUUUGCAGGAUACUUCUUCUUUUCAGGGCCAAUUAGUUGGAGAAGAUGCUUUUGUUCGAAUAGCUCCAGCUGUUGCAGGUGUGUCUGAUGUAUCAACAGCACAUUCUCUCUUUAAGGCUCUGGCUGGAGAUGAACAAGGGAUUUCUUUGAGCUUGUGGACUACAUACCUUGCCGAACUUCUGAAGGUACAUCAGGGAAGACAAUCAUAUGAAAAUGGAGAUUUCGUGUUGCCAUAUGAGCAACUUCUAUGCAUAGGUUCAAGCAGGAAGCGGCCUGUCUUAAAAUGGGAGAAUAACAUUGCAUGGCCUGGAAAUUUGACUUUGACAAAUAAAGCGUUAUAUUUUGAGGCCAUUGGACUGACAGGUACUAAAAAGUCAGUGAGACUGGAUCUCACAUGUCAUGGUUCACGGAUUGAGAAAACAAAAGUUGGACCAUUUGCAUCCAAACUUUUUGAUUCUGCUGUAUCUGUUUCUUCCGGUUUGAACUCUGAAACUUGGAUCCUGGAAUUUGUUGAUUUUGGUGGUGAAAUGAGACGAGAUGUUUGGCAUGCUUUUAUACGUGAGAUUAUUUCGUUAUAUGAGUUUCUACGUGAAUAUGGACCAGAUGAUGAUGAUCCAUCAAUCCAUGAUGUAUAUGGUGCUCAUAAAGGAAAGAGAAGAGCUAUUAGAAGUGCAGCAAACAAUAUUGCAAGGCUACAAUGCCUUCAGUUCAUUAGGAAAUUGUCAGAGGAUCCAGCUAAACUGGUUCAAUUCUCAUAUUUACGGAAUAUACCUUAUGGUGAUGUUGUUUUCCAAACUUUAGCUGUAAGUUUUUGGGGUGGGCCACUUGUAACAAAAUUUAAGCAUACAAAUAAUCUACCAGUUCAGCGGAUGAAAUCUGUUGAAGACCUUUCUGGUAGCAAUGUUCACUUGAUUGACAUAGAUGGUAGUGUGUACUUGCGGAAGUGGAUGAAAUCUCCAAGUUGGUCAUCUAGCUCAUCAGUCACCUUCUGGAAGAAUUCUUUGGUUAAACAUGGGAUUGUAUUGGCUAAAAACCUAGUUGUAGCUGAUUUGAGUCUCGUAGAAAGGGCAGCAUUGACAUGCAAAGAGAAGAGCCGAAUAGUGGAGAAGACUCAAGCAACAAUUGAUGCUGCUAUGAUUAAAGGAAUCCCAAGCAAUAUUGAUCUUUUCAAGGAGCUAAUGCUUCCUUUGGUAGUCGUUGCCCAGAAAUUUGACAAACUUAGGCGUUGGGAGAAGCCACGUGUGACUAUAUCUUUCCUUGUUUUUGCCUAUACCAUCAUUUUCACAAAUCUACUCUCAUAUGUACUCCCAGCAACACUAAUAGUUAUGGCUACCACCAUGCUAUUACUGAAGGGUCUCAAAGAACAAGGUCGUUUGGGGAGAUUUUUUGGUAGAGUUGUAAUACGUGAUCAACCACCCUCAAACACAAUCCAGAAGAUUAUUGCUCUUAAAGAGGCCAUGGCAUACGUGGAGAAUUAUCUUCAGAACAUAAAUGUUAUUCUCUUGAAGAUUAGAACUAUUAUGCUAUCAGUUCAACCUGAGGUAACAUUUGAAGUUGCCGUCGUGCUACUUGGUUCCGCAAUCAGUCUCCUUGUGAUUCCUUUCAAGUAUAUUCUUGCUUUCAUUAUCUUUGAUCUUUUCACUCGUGAGCUACAAUUCCGAAGGGAAAUGGUGAUGAAAUUUGUGAGCUUUCUAAGGGAACGGUGGGCAGGCAUCCAUGCUGCCCCUGUGGUAGUAUUACCAUACGAGAGCCCUGAAACUGUCACGGAAGGAGUCAACACAACCAAUCCAGAUCGCAUAAAGUCUGGGAGAAUAUUAGGAAAUGGGAGUGCAGCGAAGUCAUAGCAUACAGAUACAUGAAAUGUAAAAUGAAAUACCGUUGUUUGUAUAUUAUAAUUAACAGGCAUUCAUUAAGGAUGUGCAAACUUUAUUCUGUAAAUGCAUGCAACUCUUCAAUUUUUAAAGAUGUAUAGAAUCAUAUUUUUUUUGUCC